AUGGGGAGGGGAAAUAAAGAAAAGGGGAAGAAUCCCAUGAAGUUGGCCAAGAAAAAAAAGAAAAAAAAUGCGGGAGGAAGUAGCAAAGGGGAAGACAACGACAUGAUGAAUAGCGAAACGAAUGACCAAGGGUCGGAUGUGGUAGACGAAAAUAAUGCACCGAGCGAAGGGGAAGAUCCUACAGGGAUGAUCACUCCCGCUUCCCCAAGUGAGCUCCACAGAGGAGGGGAAAAAACACUUAACGAGGGAGAAGCAGAUCAGAAGACCCCCCUCAGUGAGGCUCAACCCGAAGAAAAAAAUAUUAGCCUCCUAUCUGCUAACCAGAAGGAAAAUAAAAUGAGCGAAAAGAGGGGAGAUCACCAUUUUAGAGAUCAAGGUGAAAGCUGCUACUCUACUGGGGGGGGCGAAAUGGGGACCAAGGUUAAGUGCUCAAGUGGGACCCCACAGUGGGACGGUCCUUCGAAGAGGAGUGAAAACAGUAAGGAGGAGACACAGAGGAAAUGCCUUCGCCAAGGCAUAGAUGGUAGUGCCACCCAGGGGGGAGGAGACCCCCAAAAGGGACUCAAAGAAGUGAAAGGAAGCCACCCAGAGGAGGAACCAAACAGCACAGAAAUAGAUGCUGACAGUGGUAGAAGCAAAAAAGGCAAAAAAAUUAUGCAGAGGUAUGAACCCUCUGUUAAGGUAAAUUUAGCAAAAGGGGAAAACGUGGGUGGUCCUUUUCCCGGGGGAGAGCACCCAGGAGAGGCAAAAUCAUAUUCGGAGGGCCCCAACAGGGUCGUGGGUGGUGGAGAAAUCACCGCUGAAUAUGCCCCGAGCGGGUGGGAUUACCCCCCUGAAAGGGGCAAUAACGCCCACGCGGAGGAGAGACAACCGAUGGAAGAUCAGACGAAGACGAUACAAACAAACAGAACGAAUGGUAAUAAACGCAUGGACCAUUCAAAGGAAGAGGCGCCAAAUGAUUUUACAUGCAGCACCACCCCCGCGGGGGAAGACGCAAACAGACCCCCCCCCAAAGAGGAAAACAUCCCGCUAAAUGAACUCCUAUACGAAACGACAGAGAGAGCUAAAAAGUACAAUCGAACGAAUUACGGGCUCAUGGGAAUACUUAAGGUAAUCAAGAUGACGGACCCCCAAUUGAACAUCCUGGCCUUAGGAACCGAUCUGACUACCCUAGGGCUGAAUUUAAAUUCGCCUGAGUUUCUCUUUUCCUCGUUUACCUCCCCGGUUUGUGAUGACCCAACAUAUAAUGAGGACCAUUUUGUGAAGCCCAGCUGCUAUUUAAACACCCGCUUUCAAAUUCGUCUCUCCCUGCUUCUGAAGCUCCAAACGGAGACCCUCUUUUACAUUUUUUAUAACUUACCUAGGGAUGUGCUGCAAGCGUAUGCGGCCUCUGAGCUGUACCUACGAAAGUGGACCUACCACAUGAGCUAUAAAAAAUGGUUUUUCCCAAGGAGCUCGCUCAAUCAGGGGAACUUAACCAGCUGCAGCUCUUGGGUUUAUUUUGACCCACUCACAUGGAGUAAGAAGAUAUAUAACAAUUUUAUAAGUCUCAAGGAGAUGAUGCAUGUGCAGGAUGUUACCAGAUGCAUUGAGCAGAUCAUUCAGGUGCAGUCCAACUGUGCUGCCGGGGGGGGUGGCCCGCCUAAUUGCGGGGACCCCAGCAAAGCGGCUUCCCAAAAGGGGGACUCCUCCAAGGGGGCUUCCCCCCAAGGGGCGUCGUCCCCAGUCGGGGGCGCAGACACCACGGGCUGA